UACACCUCCUUCCUUUUUCUUGUGUCACUACAGCGUCCUCCCCUUAUCUUCUUCACUCUCACACGCUCACUUUGCCACCCACUGCAAAUGUGAAGUCCUGUAGUCACUUUAACAUUUUCAAGCAGGGAAAAAAAUAAGGAAAUUGCUAGUAUCAUCAACUGGAUGUAAAACUCUCAAGAUCAGAAGGUUAGAUCUGAAAUGGGGGAAAUGAAGGAAAGAACUUGUUUAGAUUCUCCGAAUCCCAACGCCUCAUCACAAAUAGCCAAUGAAUUUUGUGAGAAUCUGCAAAUCUACAUGGUUCUGACAGACCUGGAGAAGAAAGCCAUUGGCACCAUUUGCUUCCUGGGUGGUCCGAUAACACUGAUGGAGAACGUCCUUGUCCUUGGAGUUAUUGCCACCUCGGCGAUGCUGAGACAGAAGCCCUCUUAUCUGUUCAUUGGCAGCCUCGCCCUGGCAGAUAUUUUCGCUAGCUGCUUCUUCACCACAAGUUUCCUGGACUUUCAUCUCUUCCGCCGCUGUGAUGGUCCAACUGCAUAUCUCUUUAAGUUAGGAGGGGUUACCAUGGCCUUCAGUUCUUCAGUUGGGAGCUUGCUGCUAACUGCACUGGACCGAUACCUGUGCAUCCACCAGGCAUCCAGUUACAAGGUUCUGCUAACCCGACGAAGGGCCCUGCUGAGUCUCCUGAUUCUCUGGAGCAUCACCAUCUUCAUCUCCUGCUUGCCACUCAUGGGCUGGAGGUGUCCCACAGUGCUUAACCCUCCGUGCUCAUGCUUGUUCCCCUUCAUCAGCCCAAGCUACUUGGCCUGCUGGACUACCUUUAUCUUGAUACUUCUCACAUUAAUUUUGGUGGCCUACGCCCUGAUCCUGUGGAAGGCCCACCGUCAUGAAUCUUCCAUGACCAGCCUCCAGGGGGCAGCAGGUGCCGGUCAGGCCCGCAUGAGAAUGGAUAUUCGGCUGGCUCGUACUUUUGGUUUGAUUCUCCUCAUACUGGUGGGGAGCUGGCUCCCUGUACUUAUCUUCAUGCUGGUUGAUGUCUCUAUAGUCUUGACUCCUACCCAGCAGAGAGCUUUUGCCUUUUGCAGCACCCUUUGCCUACUGAAUUCUGCAGUCAACCCACUGCUUUAUGCCCUGCGGUGCAGAGAGCUAAGAAUUGCUCUGCUGCAGUCUCUACAAAAGUCAUGUGGUUUCUGGAAGUGUAAAAACUCUACAAAUGACUUACAUCUCACAGGGCAUUCUGCAGAAGACAACUGUGCUACAGUGUCUGAUGACACUCUGGCAGUGAGAACCCCUCAACUCGACUCAGUCUGUGAAAUAGUGAACAAUAAGUCGAGUUAAAUAAACACAGUGGAACAUUGUAAUAAAUUAGCAGCUCAGAUGGACGAAGACUUGAAGGGUGCUGGCGAAGGACUGUAAAACCAUCAACACAAUGUAAUGAUGUAAAUACUUUGAUUAAAAAAUGAAAUAUACAAAAUACAACCUGACAUUUUUAUUGUAGAUUUUUUUUUUCUAAUUAAAGUCAAAAUGACUGUCAGUGACAUUUUAUUAUUCAUUGUUUUUUUUCCCUUGGAACAAUGAACCUAGAUGUAAUGUAUAAUUAAUAAGGUAAUAAACAAACAGAUUUAAAUCUGGCACUGAAAAGAAAACCAGUAUAAUAUGACCAAAACAGAACACAAAUGGAACUAAAAGCUCAAACACCUGUCUUCAUCAGAACAGGAGAAAUGGACAGAAUUGAUGACGAUGGAUAAUGCUAAACACAAACCAAUGUUGGAAGAAAAUCUGUGUGUGGUUAUAGACUGGUGUAGAUGUUUUUGUUUCCAACAAGAUGAAAUGAUUUAAAUCAGAGGUGCUAAAAUCCAGUCCUCAAGAGCCACCAUUCUGCAACAUUGCUACUCCAACCCACCUGAAUAAAAUGAAUUGCUAAUUACCAGGCCUCUGCCGAGAUGAUGUUAGCUGGAGGUAGUAAAAAACUCCAGUAUUUUUCUAAUGCUUGGCAAUAUUGUUGAAGCCAAAUAUAGGACACUGCAAAUGUGUGAGAGAAUAUAAUCUGGUCAGAUGAAACAAAAAAAAAUUCUUCAUGCGAAACAUGCAUGAAAGAAAACUAACAUUUAGAAAUGCAGUGAAACAUGGUAGUAGCAGUAUCAUGCUGUGGGGUCAUAGUUUUUUGCAGUAGGGACAGAAAGCUGAUUCAAGCUAAAUGGACUGAUUCAAUACAUAGAUAGAACUAAGCACAAGGAAAUCCUGGGAAAAAUAGUGAGAGGCAAGACGAUAAAAUCAGUUCAGUUAGAAAAUAAACAGAAGGAUUCAAAGGUUAAGGGAUUUAUGGUGCUGAUGAAAAAGCAUUUUAAAACACUGCUGUAUUUAUCGUGAUAUAUGUAUUAUCAAUCAAGAAUGACAAUUCCAAUUGAAGUCUGGCAUUUCUACCUUUCCUAAUAAAAGACUGUGAACAUAUCAAAUUUUGUGUAACUUGUAUUUAAGCAAAUUGUAAUACCAGUAAUGUUGUAAUAUUAUAUUAACAGUGGACCUUUAUUCUAUUUCAAGAAAGACAUAAUAAGCAUUUCAUUUCUUAUUUAUUGUAGGAUUUUUUGUACAUGGUCCCAUGGAACUAAAACGGUUCCGGUAGAAAUGUUGUAAAUACUUAAAUGAAAGCAAAGAAAAAGAUUUGUGUGUUAGUAUGCACUUAACCAUUGGUUUGACUAAUUUAGGCUGAAUACAGUUUCACCUCUUGAUCUUCUGUGUACUAACUUUACAGUUGUAAGUAGCGGGGCACACACAAAUUUCUAGGUUUUUCCUAGUUAUGCUUUGAAAAAGUUACAAAUGUGAAUAUUUUUCAGUUUUUGUUUUCUCAAUGACAGUUACAAAAAUUACAAAUUGCAUGGAUUAUUUGGGGGAUUUUUGUGUUGAUUUAAGAGUGUCUUUCAUUGUUUCUACAUAAGUUUUGCAUUUUUUGGGCCUGAUAUGUCUUAGUUUUCGGAGAUUUUAUGUUUUAUUUUAGAUCUUUCAGAUCCUAUUCAUUCCACCUGUGAAUUUUUCUUUUUUAAGAUGGAGUAGACCAUGUAAGCUUAUCUGCCUUCCAAAGCCCAAUUUAGUAGACUAAAUGCUUGUAACAAAGAAUACCUAACCCCUAAACAAACACAAUUAAAAACUUACAUGUCCUCAA